AUGAGCAUUAAUAACUCAUUUAACAGACAUGGUAAUAGUAUGACAGAAAUUACUAAUGCCUUUGAAGCUGUAAAAAUAUCAGCAUUAAAAAAGGCUGUUAAAAUCUCCGAAUCAGUAAACAAUGUGACAAUUGGCCCUAAUGCUGUUAUAGAAUCAAUACGCAAAGAAAAUUUAGAAAACCUUUCGAAUAACUUUAAUAACAUUAUAAAUGAUUCAAAAUCAACAGAAAAAUCGCCUGCUUCAAAAUCUUCCCGAAGUGCUAUUACGUUUUCCAUAAAAAAGAUUCUUGUUGAAAAUGAAUUACAACGGAAAGAGGAAGUACGAAAGGCAGUCGAAAAACGUCAAGAGCAAAUGGCAAAAGCUUCCAAGGAGUUUCGGGAGGAAAUGGUAUUAUUACGAGAGCUUCAUAUGGCCAAAAAAGAACGAGAAAGAGCUGCUAGCUUAGCGAAACUUGAAGCAGACGAAGAGCGGUUGGCACAGCAGGAUGAGAUAAAAAGAAGGCAUGCCCAGCAGUUGAAUGCUCAAAGAUUUAAGGAACGAAAAGAAAGAUUUGAACGUGAAGCGCAGCAACACCAAGCUUCUGAAAGAAAAGCGUUGAUAGAAUCUCUGGAUGCCAUGCUUAACGAAAAAAUACAAUCUUUUUGUUUGCUUUUGAAUGGGUCCAAAGAUCACAAUGCCGUUGUUCAAGCUCUCAGUCCUUUCGAUUUUAAAUUUAAAGAAUUGUACAAGCAGAUGGAAAUGAUUAGUCAGAAAGCAAGAUCAGCUGAAUUGACUACAUUCGAUCUAACUUGUGCUGAAAGUAUUGUACAGUUGGCGGAUGAAAUUGUUAAUUUGUCUAAAAUUGAAAUUGAUAGAAUCAAUGCCGAUUUUGAUGAAAAAUUAGCAAGACGAAAGGAAGAGAUGAGACAAGCUGAAGCUCAAGUUCUUGCGGAAGCUGAAGCAGCUAAAAUUCAAGCAAUUAAUCAAGCCCAAAUAAAUGAGCAACAAGAAAAAACUAGACAAAUUCAUCAUGAAGCUGAACAAACGAUACCGGAAACUCCAGCGAAUGAAAUAACGACGAGUGCACCUAAUCACUAUGAAGAUCAUGAAUCACGUCGACUAUUAGAUAAUUCCAUAGGAUUUUUACAUCAGUAUGCUGGAAGUUAUCAUGAGUUUCUACAAUCUCCCGAAACCAAAAGAUUCAGAUUUGAAUGUCAAAAGGCAAUAAACAUUCCUGUUAACACGAUAUCUGCUGCUAGUGGAUCCGACUUAAUGGAUAAAUAUGAUAAACUUCGAUUACUAUUGCAAGGAAACACCACACUCAACAUCAAUCAGUAUCCAGGAAGUAGUAAUUUCUGUAAAAAUUUGCUUGCUAAGAAUAUUGUUAAUCAAGGAGAAACUCUAGUUUCAAGUAAACCAGAAAUGGCGUUUGGAAUAGCAGCAGUUACAGUGGCGCUGUGCUGUGAUUUUCCUGAUCUAAUGGAACUGUUGCUAGCGCAUUUUCGUACUAUAUGUCCUUAUAUUUGUCCAGUAUACUUAUCUCAACUGCCAGGAGAAAAUAUAGAAGAUUAUUAUAAAUCCAUAGGAUAUAAAUAUAUUGAUAACGUUGUUGAAAGACAAGAUAAAUUUCUCUGUCGGAUUUCUGGUAUCAUGAGGUUAUACGCAGCUAUAAUUAUCACUAAACUAAGACGUGGUGUUAAGUGUCCACAUCCUCAUAAUCUUGAGAACGCAUGGAGAUGGUUGGCAGCAACUUUAAAUUUAGUUCCAAAACCAGAACAUGUGGACGCGAUAGCUACUUUACUUUAUGAUAUACUUCAAGUGUGUGGAAAUUCGAUGUUCAGUGCAUAUCCUACGCAGUUUCCAAAGCUUCUAAGAGCUCUGAAUGACCAGUACUAUCCACUGUUAGAGAAAAAAGGUGUUAUUGGUGGCCCCAUUAGUCGACUGGAAGCUUUUCUUAAAAAUUCUUUGGCAUCAAAUAGUAUACCGCCACCCGGGGGACAACUUCCUUUGAAUAUGUGGUAG